ACAGACACGUUGAUCUAACGAGCAGCAAAUUAAUGAUUUCCAACAAUAGUGUACUAAAUAGUUACAGAAAUUAAAAAAAAUUUUUUAAAUCUUAGACAUUUUGGAAAAUUAUUAUGAAGUGGACAGAGCCGAUCAUUUUGUGUUUAUUAUUUGCGAAGGUCGCAGUGUCUAUUAAUAUAAAGUUUUUUGAUUCUUCAGGUAUAAAUAAUUCUCCAAUUUCUCAUGUUCACACGUUACAAUUACUCGAGUUAUGUUUUCCUGAUCGCAUGAAUCCGGUGGCGGUUAGUUCUAAUUUGACGGAUAUCAUUUACGGAAUCAAGAAAAAUGAACAAAUAAAAUGGUCUGUUCUUAUAAUUGAUGAAAAUUUAUUUCUAUCAAAUGCCAGAAUUUUUAUGUUUAAGACGAAAAAAUUUAUUGGACAUAAUUCAUAUCCGAGCUAUAUUUUAUCUGCUGAUUCCCUCGCUGUACUUGAAAAUAUUCUCACCGACAUCGAUGAGUGGGAUCCUCGGAAUAGCGAACGGGUCGUUUUCGCAGUUGGAAAGCAGUGCAGCGAUGCAUUGAAGACACUUAAAUGUCUGUGGAAAUUUCAAGUGCUGUCAUCAUAUUUCACAUGUCCAAACAAAUUCAACAACGAUACGAUUGUCUACACAUUCAAUCCGUACGCAAAUCAAGCACCCAAACCAUGGAGGAAAGUUCACGCACCGGACAAACCACCCGAUCCAUGGACACUCUACAGAAUGUCAUUCGUAAACGGUAAAACAAUUUAUAAUUAUGGCUCAAUGAUACAAUUGAUUUCCUUGGUCAUAGAACUACCCUCGCGGACUCGGGAUUACUCCGAAAUCAUGGUGAAAUUUCGGUGAAAUCAUAGUGGAAAGAUAGUGAACCCAUAGUGAAAAGACAGUGAAAUCACUGUAACUUUGUGCCAUUUGCUUACUGUGUGAUAAUUAUCAUCCGAUGGUAAUUUUAUGAUGAUUUCACCAUCGAUUCAUAGUAGAAUCACAAUAGCAUAACAGUCAAUUUACAGUAGUAUAGCUGUAAGUUGACAGUAGUAUUACUGUGUAUUUACAGUGAUUUCACUAUCAGUUUAUGCUGGAUCUGCAGUGCUUCAGUCAUGCUUUCUCAGUAAUAAUACCGUGAUCAUACAGUGAUUUCACAGCAGUCUUACUAUAGAUUCUUCGUGAAAUCACAAUAAUAUCGCUGUGAAUUGACAGUAAUAUUACUGUGAUUUCUUAAUCAUUUAAUCCUGGAUCUGCUUAGUUUUCAUCGAGAUUUAGG